AUGCCUUCAACUCAUAGUAUAUUAGUUCCGUAUGUACAGAAAAAGGAAGCUAUAAAUGUUUGGGACAGCUAUAAAAAUGGAAAACCAUUACAACUUGUACAUCGCAUUAACUCGGUUGCUAUUUCCGUAACACCUCCUUACAAGUAUGGUCUUCCAGAUGGAUAUAAUGUCAAUCUUUACAAAUGUGAUAGUGAUAAACGUUUCCGUAAAUUAAGUGGAUUUUCGGCCCGAGUAGUUUGUUGUAAUUUUAGAAAUGAUGGGAAACUUGUCAUUGUGGGUGAAGAAGGCGGAACUCUGCGUAUUUGUACUACGGACAAAAACAAGUUUCAUCUUCGGAAGAUGAAAGCACACCAGGGUUCUAUUUCAACAGCUUCAUUUUUUUACGACGGGUUACGUGCAGCUAGUCUUGGAUCAGAUGCAAGUGUUCGAAUUUGGGACGUCACACUGGGUUCCCCAUUAGGACGUUAUGCAGUUUGCAAUGGAAGCGAAGUUGCUCGUGGCAUGGUAACAGGCAGAGUCGACAAUAACCUCUUAUGCUUUGGUGACCUUAAUGGAAAUGUUGCCAUUUACGAUGUGCGCGAGCCAAAAUCCGUUCAAAAAAUCACAUUUCCGUCUGCGGUCUCUGCUCUUGCUCUUAGCAAGACGGAUAAAAUUUUGGCUGUUGCUGCUGGUUCAGUUGUACAGUCCUGGGACUUCUCAGCUCAGAAAUUUCAUGACUAUGGAUCAAGUCAAGACCUACAUCUUCAUUACAAAGUUAUUACUGGUUUAUUCAUUGAACAACAUCCCAUUACAGAUGAAGAAGUACUUUUAUCUGUUUCGCUAGACAAGCUCGUCAAGUUCACCAGUUUGCUGGAUGGUAAAGAAUUGUAUCAGCUCCAAUGUUCAUCGCCUUUGACUGCUAUAGGUGUCACGCCAAAGUGUGGAAGUCUUGUAAUAGGAGGAGAACAUGGUUUCGUUAAAAUCAAACACUACGACUCGAAAAUAGACACAUUUGUCUCGGCAUCAUCUGAGGGGCAAAACAAAGCGUCUUCUAGUGACACAGAGGAUCCAUAUAUGAGUUUAUUGUCUCAGUUUUCAAAACCAAAUAAAGGCGAUCGCUUUAUGUCAAUGAAAAUGAACGAAUGGCUAGAAGUACCCUUAAAUGGUUCUCGCCGUGCUCCCAGGGACUGGUUUUCACCCGAAAAAUUUAAAGCAACCGAAAGGCCGUAUGUCCCUUUAAUUCACCAAAAAACGGAAAUAUCACGCAGUGGGCAGUCGUUUUACUCUCAAACACUGACAAAUACAUAUAAUCGAGUAGACGUUCUACUUAGACGUUUUAAUCACUCUCGUGCGUUGACGUUAGCUUUAACCUAUCGAUCAUGGAUGCGUCGCUUUAAAAGAAAAACCAUUCCUACCCCUCAAUAUUGUUUAAACUUAGCACUUGCUGUUGUACGAGAAUUAAUAAGAAGAGAUACGUUAGUUGCCGCAAUCGCAGGUAGAGAUAAUCGUCAGUUAGAAUACAUUUUUGGAUUUAUUUACAACAAUAUUUGGCGUAAAGAUUCAUCUGCAGUUUGCUUAGAAUUAUAUCACUGUAUAUUAAACACAUAUACUGCUGAAGAACUGAUGAAAACCCGUGGAUUCGCGAACGUUACUAGACUGCUCGAACUUACAUCUUCAAACUUCUAUGCCCUAGGCAGAAUCGUAGACACAAUUGUAUAUCAGUCCCGCGAUUUACCGCAUUCAAAAAAUGAGCAAGUUGUAGAAAGUAUGUAUAAUUAUUCCUCAUCUAAUUCAGAAAAUUCACCAGAAUGCAAAGCAACAUCUGUAACUAAUAAGCGUAGAAAACUUAAUGUUACUUAG